AUGAUAACGAACGGCGAAAUCCUCGAGAAAGUUUUAGUACAGUUGCUUCGGGUAUUGCAUCUAAGAAUGAGCAAAUUGGUGAUUCUCUUGGCACUUGUUUCGUUGGCAUUUGCCGAUGUUGUUCCUGUCAGGCAAUGUAAAGCUGGUGCUCUACCAGUUGCCGUCGACAUAGUCGGUUGCAGCAAACUACCGUGUGAUCUUCCGCGGGGACAGGAAGUGGUUGCCAAUGUGGACUUUAGUCCAGCCGUGGAAGUAGCCGAACUAAGACCGGUGGUCUUCGCGACGGCGUUAGGUGUGACAGUUCCGUUUGUUCUACCAAGCGAUCGCCAAAACGCAUGUGAUUGGCUAGAGGGAGCUCGCUGUCCAUUGUCUGCUGGAGAGGACGUACGGUACGUACUGCGAUUACCGGUGGAGAAGGCUUAUCCCGCAAUUCCGGUGGAAGUGGAACUACAACUGGUCGAUCAAGAAGACCAACCCGUGAGCUGUUUUCGGGUGCAAGCGAAAGUGGUUUAA